AUGACAGGUGAUAACGCUGAAAGGAAGCGAAAAGCUGAAGUUCAGUCCGCUAGUGUUAAAAAAGUGAGAUUUAAGUUACGAGGUGAAGAGUUCUUUGAUAAUACACAGGUCCUGAUAGAAUACCCGGAUCGAAAUCAUAAACAAAGUAAAGAAAGGAAUGAGGUGUACAAUAAUGAUUUUAGCUUCAAAAAUACUGACACAGAGAGAUCUACUGUAGAUGGCUCGAGUAACGUAAAUUUAAGUGUUGAUGAAACAAAUGAUUUUGAAGAAGGACACGGAAAACGGGGUGAAGUGCACACCUCUACCUCACAGUUCCUUAUCUGCUCGUCUAAAAGAAGUCAUUCGGGAUCGUAUGUAUCUAAAGUACCUAAAAGUACGGUAGAACAUGAUCUCCCUCGACCGCCAGAAAAAGUUGCAAAUCAUUUAGAGCCCAAACGAACAAGUAUUGACGGUGCACCUGGAGAUAGCGUUGAUUGUGCUAAGUGUACUCACUGUGAGAAAUGGAUUCCUCGUGUGACUAUUUCUUUGCAUGAAGCAGUUUGUGAAGGUCAAAGUCUAGAGGCCAAGAGUCAAGAUCAUAUUUCUUCAUCAUCGCUUCCGCUUGACACUAGUUUGGGCGGAGAGGACAGUAAUGCUGAGAUUCAGAAUUCCGUGGUUGAAUUGGUAGAAGGUGAACCGUGUACAGUAGAUACUCGUGUUGAAAGUAUGACUCGUGAAUCAGACAGGGCUGCAAGAACGACAAGAGUACAUGAUGAAUUGUGCGAGAAAAAAACACCUGCAAUUAAGAAAACGUCUUUUCAUCAUUCAGGAAAAUGUUCUGAACCAAAAUUCAUUGACAAAUCAAUUGUUACAAGUUGCGACUCUAGGCGGGAAAAGGAAGUGCGAGUAGAAGAGAACCCUGUAACAAAGAUCUCUUGUCCAGCUAAGAAAGCCCAAAAAUUAAGUUCCGACUCUCUUAGUAGAGUUACCACACCCAUUUUACCACCUGAAAGUGAAUCUGGUCUUGAGAGAGUGGAAUCCAAAGAAAGAUGCACAUUCUGUUCCAAAUUUUUACCAGUCUCUGAGCUAAUUGAACAUGUGUCUGAAUGCUCCAAGCUGAGUGCAUGCGCAGCCUCAGGUGAUACGGAAAAUAUCCGUCAGGCGUGCCCUUACUGUGGAGAAAAUUUCGAGGUACUGCAACUUGUGGAACAUGUCAGCCACUGCAAGAACAUUUCGAGGCGGAUAGCCGAGGAAGUCUCUGAGGAGGAUGAUGCCUCCACUUUCUCGUCUAGCGAAGAAGACGAGUCUGAUUUUAUUGAAGACUCUCCUGAGAAAGAACUGUGUCCUAAAUGUGGUCGAGAGUUUCCCAUAUUAGAGUUAGUGAGUCACGCCGCUGAAUGCAAGGAAGAAGAAACGGGCUCAGAUUUCGGGUCACUGCGGGGGAAUGUUGAUAAGGAAGACGUCAGGAGAUUUGGUGAUAGAGAAAGUAAAGACAAUACUGGUGACGGUGAAGGUUCUGAUACAGAUAAUGAGAACGCCUAUACAACCGAAAUUAACGACCAUGGUUGUUACACUCAUGAGACAUUAAACAAUGAAGACGUUGAUAUUGAGGAGAAGCAACUCGGCAGUAGUUGUGAUAAAGAGGAAGUUACCAAAGGUGGUGUCACCGAGAAUGAGGAAGGAACAGGUAGUGACAAAGCUGAUGAUUCUAGACGGGUAACUUACGAAGAUAGCACCACUUCUGGUGACAGCUACCACCACAACGAGAAUGAAAGAAAUGAAAGUGAAAAAGCUGAUGCUACUGAAAGAAUUUCCAGACGUCACGAAUAUGCUCUGAGGAAGAUUGAUUCGGAUACACGUAGAACAAAUUGUAGUCUAAGCGAACAUCAAAAUGAUGACUGUAUUGGUGCCGUUGUAGCUGCUGAAGGCGAUGUCGGUAGUGACGAAUAUGAAUUCUGUCCUAAUUGUCGUAAGCUUUUUCAUUUGUCACUUUUGAUUGAGCAUGCAUCAAACUGUACCUCAGUUGUUGAUACAGAAGCGGCAACAAGUGGCAAGGACCGUACUUCGACGGAUUCACUGACACUAACACUUGUUGACUGCGUUUAUUGUGGCAUUAGACUGCCAGUAGAUGUGAUGAGCAGUCAUUUUCCCAAAUGCGAAAAACACCACUCAAACCAGGGAACAGGCGCACGGCCUGAAAAAAGAAUCGCUCCUGUGGGGGAUUCACUUGCAUGUGUUAAGCUUGUAAACAACUUGAGCAGUGGACUAUCUGUGGGAGGUAUUGACCCUGAGCAUCAAGCUAGCUCCUCAGAGAAAAAAACGUCAGAAAUACCAGAAACGACAGAAUCUUCAAGAGUUAAAAGGUCCAGGGUCGAAGGUGAUAAUGAUGAUGGCGAUGAUGAUGACGUUGAUGACAAAGAAACAGAUGAAUCUAAAGGAGUUGUCCUAAAGAGGACAACAUCAUCGUUGGAUUCGUAUCAUGAUUGUGAAGAACAGUGUGUUUACUGUUUGAAGAUGUUUGCUUUGAACGUCCUUGUGGAACAUGCCAGCGUUUGUUCAAGCCUUCAGCUGGUAAAGUAUCUAUACGCAAUACUUGAAUAAUGCCUUCUAAAAGGUGCAGAAUAUUGACUGCAUGACACAACUCAAUUGCCCAAAAUGCUUGUAUUGUGAGCGACAGACAUGGACUUCAAUUUAUUGGGAUAACAAUCAAGAUACCCCACCCAAAUUGACCUUUCUACCAUACUGGUAAGAGUAUUACUUGCUCAUAGCUGAAUUAGCAUUUACAGGUGCAACCAAAUUCGAGAUGGACAUUUUUACACCUAUCACUCACUUCACCCAGCUAACCAAAGCUUUCCUGCUCUUCCGACUCUUUUUUUCACGAACUUUAAUAAGGCUUUAUGAGGAAGGGAAUAUGCAGCCCGUUUCUUCAAUCAAUUCGAGUGAAGUUCUCAGAACUAAGUCUUCAAUUUUUUGUUUUGAAUUUCUGUAGAACACUACGAGUUCAAAUGAUCUGGAACAGUGUUAUUACUGCCUAAGGACAUUUCCUUUGAAUGAACUGAUAGACCAUGCACCGAAUUGUGAGCAGAGAACAAUCCAUUGCAGUCAGGUUGGUUUUUUUUUAAAUUUUGAACCGUUUGACAUUUGGGCCUCAUUCACCCAUAUGGCAACCACUGUAGAUUAGGGUGUUUAAGCUCAAAAUAGAAGACCACCGCAGGCACAAGCAACCUUUCCUCUCCCUGGAAUCCUUAGAAUUCUGGUUUUAAUUAGAACAAAUGUUUUCUAGGAGGAUGCGGCUAACAGCCAACCAUUAGCAGGCGAACCUCUAGAAAGGUGUAUGUACUGUUUUAGAGACUUCCCAAUUCAUAAGCUGAUACGUCAUUCGCAGAAGUGUGAUGGAGACAUGUCAGGACCACGAGAGAGAUUCCAAGGUUUCCUACCUUCCGUUCAUGACGUAAGUUGGAAAUCUGACCAUCGCUAUCGUAAGAAACCAGACCUGUCAAUGACGUAA